UGCAGCUCUGCCCACACAGUCCCCAGCUCCAUCCAGCAUGUCCACCACUGUCCUCGUCACAGGUCUCAACGGCUUCGUCGCCGUCCAUGUUGCCGUCGCCUUCCUUUCCCGCGGCCACCACGUCGUUGGUACUGUCCGCUCAGAAGACAAGAAGGCCAAAGUCAACGAGCUCCUUGCUCUCACAAAGUAUGCCGCCGACGGCUCGCUGCAAGUCCUCGUGGUCCCCGACAUUGUCAACGCGGACUGGGACUGGGACACACCCCUCCUCAAGGAUGUCAACGCGAUUGCCCACGUCGCGUCGCCCUUCGACUUGACCCUACCUAACUAUGAACAGUACGCUGCUCCCGCCGUCACUGGUACUCGCAACUUGCUUCAGGCUGCAUCCAAGAAUCCCAACAUCAAGUCGGUUGUUGUCUUCUCUUCCAUGGUUGCUUCGUUGGAUGGCUUUAGCAAGGCCUCCACAGACCACGACGGCAAGGUCUACACUGAAGAUGAUUGGCUCCCUUUUACUGAAGAGGAUGCAAAGAAGAGCGACAACCCCAGUCUGUGGUACUCCGUCUCCAAAAAGUACGCCGAGCUCGAGGCAUGGAAGGUGCAAAAGGACACCAACGCCAAAUGGACCCUGGCCACCAUUCUGCCCCCUGCUGUCAUCGGUCCACCCGAUCAAAUCGGCGACCUCAAAGAGCUCCAAGGCUCUUUCGGACAAGACAUCUCGACUUCUGCCAUCUAUGCGACUUUGGCUUCCGGUACCACUGUUGAGCUCCCUUUCGACUUUACAGUUCGCUAUGUCGACGUACGAGACACUGCAGAAGCCACCUAUCUGGCGAUCACCAACCAUGUCAACGGCCGAUUCCACACCGCUGGCGAGAAGUACACUAACAAGCGGAUCGUCGACGUUGCUCGCAAGCUCAGACCUGACCUCGACAAAUUCUUCAACAAGGCCAAAGAGGACAGGCUCGACGAGCCUCCUGCGGGAUCUUAUGACAUUGACGCUAGUAAGAGCGAGAAGGAGCUUGGGCUCAAGUAUCGUACACUCGAAGAGACUGUCCAGGCCACGAUUGACACUUUUGAGAGGCUCGGAGUGUAUGCCAACGCAUAGUUGGGUUUCUUCUUCUUGAUCCCUUAUCUCCAGGGUGAAUAUGUUUAUGUUGUAGACAGGGCAGAGGUACAGGUAGCAUGUAGAUAGUCCAACACGAUGUGUACGCAAGUCAGCAAUGCCAAGAGUUGACAGGCAGA